AUGGGAAAAUCUCCGAAUAAGAACUUGACGCCAAACCUUGUUGCGAUGUUUAAAGGCAAAAAGAGAGAGCCGAUUCUUGUUCACUUACACUUUGAUGUGAAGGCUGCAUACUCAGAAGAUGGAUGGAAACAGGAUCCUUUCUUGCUUUUGCACGAAGACAAGAGGCUCAGCGGGAGGAUGGGAGGAAAAUGUGACAUCGUCGCAUGGUUGAGCGUGAUCGAGGUUGUCAUCAUCUUCGAUAGCUGUUUUGAGAUCGGCAGCCCGACGAUGCAGGGGACACUUGAGGAGGUGAAGGAGAAGUUUCUCAAGUCCCCGUCCGCUCCAUCAGGAGACGAGCAUAUCUUGCAGCCAUCGACGUUGCUGCUCUUUUCCUCCUUCAAUCCUUCGGACAACAUCGAAGCUUGCAUGCUCAAGAGCUGCCGGGGCUGCUCUACCUCUCCGUCUCCGUGA